CAUGGUCCCUAGAUGUCUUCAGUACAGCAACCGCGGGGCGCCUUCCGCUUAGGAGCCACUUCGGUUUCUACCUCUGGCUCUUGCAGCGACGGCCGGCUGGCGGGAAAGCCAGGCAGGGGCAAUAAGGACGGUGUUCCCGGAUCGGCAGCCAAAACGCGUCUCUAGGGCCGCAGGGGUAGGGGAAACGAGAGCGGACUGGAAGUUCGCGGCUGUGCUGGCCAGCGGAGCCGUUAGCUGCAGCACGCCGGAAGUGGCUUGCUGGUCCGGGUUGCUCCAUCCUUCAGCAGUCCGUGAGCUUUCCUCCUGGGCCGGCCAGACGACAUGGAGCCCGGGUCAGCCGAGUUGUACGACCAGGCCCUGCUGGGCAUCUUGCAGCAUGUGGGCAACGUCCAGGACUUUCUGCGCGUGCUUUUCGGUUUCCUCUACCGCAAGACCGACUUCUACCGCCUGUUGCGCCACCCUUCUGACCGCAUGGGCUUUCCGCCGGGGGCGGCCCAGGCCUUGGUGCUGCAGGUAUUCAAAACCUUUGACCACAUGGCUCGUCAGGAUGAUGAGAAGAGGAGAAAAGAACUUGAAGAGAAAAUGAGAAGAAGAGAAGAAGAAGAAGCAAAAGCUAUAGCAGCUGCUGCAGCUGAGAAGGAACCAGUGCCGGUCCCAGUUCAGGAAGUAGAGAUUAAUUCCACCACAGAAUUGGAUGGGCCUCAGGAAAUGGAGAAAGUACACUCUCCAGGCACCCAGAGUGCAGUGCAGGAGGAGACACCCAGCUCGGCGGAGGCAGAGCCUCCAGGAGCAGUUGGUGGUGUUGCUGAAGUCCCUAGGGAACCACUAGAUCUUCCCAAGCGACAGGAGCAGUUUCAGAAAAACCCUGACAGUUACAAUGGUGCUGUCCGUGAGAACUACAUCUGGUCGCAGGACUACAUGGACCUGGAGGUCAAGGUGCCAGUGCCCAAGCACAUCAUGAAAGGGAAGCAGGUCUCAGUGGACCUCAGCAGUGACUUCAUCCGAGUGGCAGUGCAGGAAGAAGGUGGGGAGCGUGUCCUCAUGGAAGGGAAGCUCACCCAUAAGAUCAACACCGAGAGUUCUCUCUGGAGCCUCGAGCCAGGGAAGUGUGUUUUGGUGAACCUGAACAAGGUAGGGGAGUACUGGUGGAGUGCCAUACUGGAGGGCGAGGAGCACAUCGACAUCGACAAGAUCAACAAGGAGCGCUCUAUGGCCACUGUGGAUGAGGAGGAGCAUGCAGUCCUGGACAGGCUGACCUUCGACUACCACCAGAAGCUGCAGGGCAAGCCGCAGAGCCAUGAGCUGAAAGUCCAUGAGAUGCUGAAGAAGGGAUGGGAUGCUGAAGGCUCCCCCUUCCGAGGCCAGAGAUUCGACCCUGCCAUGUUCAACAUCUCCCCCGGGGCGGUGCAGUUUUAGCAGCCAGAGAACCAGAGGCCCUCUCCAGCACAUGGAAGGCAGAAGCCGCAUGGCCCCACUCGGCUUCCCUCCACGGCUCCCCUCCAAGGCUCCCUUGCAUGCCAGGGACCUUCAUCUGCUCCCUCCCCACCACGCCUGCCUUUUCUUUGAAGGGAAAUCAGGCCCUCCCCCAGCCUUGUACCUCCUCCUGCUGCUCUGAGGAGGCAAAGGGCAGGCUUCCACCAGCCCUGGCCAUGCUGACAGGUGCCUCUAAGUGCAAGCAGCCCAGCACCAGGCAGUGCCUGCUCUGUCUCCAUGGCAAUGCCCGCCCCCCCCCCCCCCACUUGUUGCUGCUGUUGUUUGGACGCCGCCGUCUUCAGCUUGCGGCUUGCUUCUCUUUGGGUGGGGUAGGGCGCCAUUGCUGGGUGUCCCUUCAUAGCUGCAGUCUGUGGGGUGGUUGAGCUGGACAGCCAGCAGGAGCGUGGUGCAGGUGGCUCUGUGGCAGCUGCCCCUUGGCUGGUGUGAGAGCCCCUGACUUUUGACCUUUUGUGGGUGCAUUUCCAUGUGGUCCUGCUUGUCUCUUUGUUGUGCCCGAGGCUUCUUCCACACAGCAGAAACUGGGAUCCUGGCAUCUGCAUUUGUUGCUGUCUUACUUUGCCUGUUAUAGAUGUCGGAAGAGAGUCCUGAGCUCUGGCCUCAAGGCCCAGACGCAGUAGGGGUUUCUGUCUGCGCAGGAGCACAUCCCUCUAGUCAUGCAGCCCACCUACCGAGACCCGACUCAAGACCAGUGCCGCCCACCACACCACUGCUCAAGCACACUUGGCUUUGCGCAUCAGACCAUGUCUUCAGGGCACUGGAUUCGGCUCCUUUUAACCCCUGCUUUGGUUCCAUCAUACCCUCUGUGUGAAUCAUGGCUUAUGGGAAGCCCAGCCUGACUUGUGGGGCCUGGAACAACCCUUGGACUGCUUGAGGAAGAAUCUCUGCCUCCAUUGCAGUGGAGCCACGGGGAUUGAGAACCUCACACCCUCUGCCCGGCCCUGGGCUGGGUGCAAGGAGCCCAUACCUCUGCGCAUCCACGGCUCCAGAGGAGCAUGCGCACGUGCUUCCCCAUGACCUGCGACCGUCGAUUGGGCUGGCUUAUCGGCUACAGCCGUGUGUGAAGAGAGCAGACUUGGCUGUCAGCUGGUUGGAGCAGGAGGCAGGGCCCCUCAGGAGGGUUCCUCAGCACACUUGCUGGCCCUGAGAGCACCAGCCCAGAGCCUGUCGUGCAGUGGGGCUGCCAAGACCUGUGUGUGUAGCUGCCCCCACUGAGCGUCUGCUACUUGUCGGAUCAAUGGUCAGGUGGGCCUCUGUGGCAGACACUUCCUGCCCUGCUACCACGUACAGCAGCUGGAAUAAGGGGACCUAGUCACAGAGAAAAAGAAGCCUGCUUCUGUCACUGGAAGCACCCUCUGCCUGCUCUCUGCCUCCUUGUCUGGGAUGUCAUCAGCAGGUGGGAGUCCUGGAGGCUUCCAUCUUCAGGAGCUGGUCUCAGUGCCGUCAUUUCCAGGCAGAUUUCUGGCAGACGGUGGUCAUAGGCAGCACUGUCCCUCAGCAGCCCUUGUGGGAAAGCACCCAGGAAGUCUUCUCUGGGUCCAAAACGCUGUUCUGAUGUCGUGGUGUGAGCCCAGGAUGUGUUGGGACCCGACAUUACUCCCCAUCAAACGUGAGAGUCCUGCUGUCUCAUACCAGUCACCAAGGCUAGGGGACCGGAGCCACGGUCCCUCUUCAGCAGACGGGCAGACUUGUCCCUACAAGGGGGCUGGGCUACUGUGCUGGGAUCCGGGGAAGCCUUGGAUUUGCACACUCGCCCCACACUGGGUUUUCCUGUGUCGUGGUGUGUGUGUGCUUUAGCCACUUUCAGUGUGUUUCCUGUCUUCUGUGUGGGUCACUGAGGUGGGCCACACAGCCUUGUGGGGAGUCUUCCAGAAGGAAUGUCGAGGUGGGGUGAGAUGCCCUGCACCUCAGCUACUUGAGAGACUGUGUGAGCCAUUUACUUCCAUGGUAGUUUGUCUUCCUUUUGCCCAGGAUCUGUUUCCAGUGUCGCGUUUCCUCCCCGUUCCCCACCCUGCUUUAACAAAACAGUAAGGGAGGAGAUGGGAAAGCUGAGCGUGGGCCUUGGCAGAAGUGCUGAGUGCACCCCAGGGGUGUCCUUCAUGCCUCGCGGCCCGAGCACCUGUCGCCACAGAAUGUGCACAGGCCUCAGAGUGCCUGGCCGUGCUGGGGACACCACACACCUGCCCUCUGUGCAGAGCCACUCUGGGGGACAGUUCUGCCUCCCUGCCUCCCGAAUAGGCCCAGCCUCGGGACCUAGUGCACACUGCUUCUUUUCUCUUUUUAGACAGGACAGCAGCAGUUUGGCCACUAACCCCAUCAGCUGAGGCUUCAAGGAAAGCAGGGCGGCUCACUCCCGGGCCUGGGAGCCCAGGAGAGGGGUGUCCAGCCUGUCAAGUUGCUCUCUCGCCCUGUGUUGGUUUGCAAUAAAUCUGUAUUUAAGCAACUCUGGGUCCGAGUGUGACAUUUGCUCCCCAGACAGUUCUUGCCCCAGGUUUUCAGCUGUGAGGUCUCUGGGUCCCUGGAUGCAGCAAACAACAAAAUGGGGAUCCCUGGAAGGUGUUGCCCAACCUACCUGAACUCACUUGGUGCUUGUUUGGAUGUGAGACUUUGCCCAGAAUCCGAAAAUCAAAUAAGCUUUUGGUCAGGGAUAUAAAGAGACUUGGAGCUAUAGAUCUGAUAUCCAUGUCAAAUAGGUUCUGGAAUUCUGUUGUUACCCGGAUCCCUGAGAUGAAGGCAGGGUUCAGAGUGCUUCCUCUAAAGGGCUGACAUCCUGUGAUUGCGCUGGGUGCCAGCACUCUUUGGCUCCAGAUGCGCCUGCGGCUCCCUGCCACUGACAGUGAAGUAGAGCCCCCCUGCCCUCUGCAUGCUCACCGUGUCCCCACUGAGAUGUUGGUGUCUCGCGGGGAGGUCCACAGACUUCCUUAGGCCCCCUCUCAUCAGUGGCAGUGCCUUCACCCACUUGCUAGAGCCCCAGGUCUUGGACUCCUCAUACUCUCCCCCCUGCCCCCGAGUACCAGCAGACUCCACUGGGUCUUGUUCUGCCUCCAAUAUAGGCCCCAAACUGCACCACCUGCGGACAGGCCUGCUGGCCCACCCUGUCCAGGCCACCGCGUGCAGCAUGCAGCAGGUGUUGUGUUCCUGUGUGAGGAACACUUAGGAGGCAUGGGUUACCACUGGUCAGGAAUAAUCUGCCAGGAAGGAGAGGCAUCUGCUGUUUGCCCCUAAAGAGUGCAGGAGGGAAAAAAAAUCAAGAGUUUCGUUUGGAAAUGUGUCCAAGAGGCGUCAGCUGCUGUAUAAAGAACUCACUGCCUGGAACACUCAGCUUGGGGGAACAGAGCCACCCCCACUCAGCUCUGUUCCCCUGCUGGGCAGCUGGCAACAAAUAACCAGGCAGUGGACGGCACAGAUCCUGGCACCUCAGAAGCAGCCAGCCCCUGGGACAAAGGCUGGCAUCCCCACAGAGGGUGGGCACGCUUCCGGGGGUGAGAGGAGAGCAGGCCAGGGCCAGGGCUGAACAGAGUGAGGAUAAGGGGAGUGCUGCCACCCCAAGGGGCACUACAUUAUUGGCUCUGUUCCAGGACCACACAGGGUCUAUGUGACCCUGCCGGAGGCUGCACAUUCCACUUUUGCUCUGUUUGACUAAAGGAUCUGUGAAGCCAGCUGUCUGGACUGGCCUGGCAGGGGUGGGUAGGACAGACUCCCACCACCCAGGCCCGGGGUGCCAGCAUCUCCCUGGGGAUGGCUGGGCCUCUCUGCCAGCCCUCAAAGGACGAUAGGGCCACUCAGUUGAAGAGCUGCAAAAAAUUUGUAUGAUUCAGCCUCAGCUUCCCCCUCAGCUAGCCCACACUAAUGUGGUUUUGUUUUGUUUUAUUUUCAUGGUUUUGUCUUUUAAAACUUAAUGCUGAGCAGACUAGCAUUGCCAUCAACUUCCCCCUCAACUAGUGCACACUAACAUGGUUUUGUUCUAUUUUAUUUUCACGGUUUUGUCUUUUAAGACUGAAUGCUGAGCAGACUGGCAUUGCCAUCAGAAGUGGGAGGAGCCCUCCGGUCAUGGGCCCCUCUGCCUGUUGGUCAUGGGCCCCUCUGCCUGCGGGCACACAGCCUGUUUUCUGCCAUGCCCACGGGGCUGGCUGUUGUGACGAAAGCACCUGAUUUUUGGAGUCAGCUGGCCCGGGCCUCCGACCCAGGCCUGACCUGGUCCAGCCACCCCCCUCACUGGCCCAUUUGCCUGUCUGCGAAGGGUUUCUGCAGUGUCACCAGAGCCAAACGUUUCCUCCUCACGGUGGGGGGACUCUUGCCCACCCUUGGAGAAUCCUGCCAGGUUCCAGGUUGCGGUCAGCAUAUCUGGGACCUGAGGGAGUGUGAGCAAAAGGGCUUUUUGCACCCAGCUGGUCCCGGGCCCCACCUGGCUGCUGCUAUUCUGAGGCAGGGCCCUGGGGGCGGCUUGCUGGCUGCAUGCACGGGGCCUCUCGGGGUGCACAUGUCCGAGCAGGGUCAGGACCACUCCCCUAAGGAGGCAUUGCUGUCAGGAGGCACUUGCAGGAGAGACAUCUGUCAUCCUGGGAGGCAAGUCCAGGGCCCUUCAGCCAGACUGGGGCUGGACCUUCCCACCACCCUCAACCAGGACCCUCUUCCUGUGAACGUUCUCUGACCAGGAGGGAACCCUAGGCUUUUCAGAGCCUGGAGCUGGGUGAGAGGGGCCAGAAAGAAAUGUUAUUCCACCCCACUCAGUUUAGCCACAGAAGAGAAGUGGCAUUCCAAGGUCACAUGGCUUGUUUUAACAAGGGGAGCCCAGCCCUAGGACGUGGCCAGUGCCACGAAACCCCCAACCCCUUCCAAGGAACACUGACUCUCUCCCCUGCCUAAUCACCCUCUGCGACGGGCCCAGGUUGUCCUUCGCCUCCUCAAUGCUUCUGCCUCGCAGCCCCCUUUGAGGCCAGCAGCCCCUCCCUGCCCAGCUUGUUCAGCCUCAUUCUUAUCCUUCUCUAGAAUUAGAAAGGGUAAACCCGUCUUCAUUUUAGACACUGUGUCCAGGCACAACACUGGACAUGCUGCAGGCUCUGUGUGGCUCCGUCACAUUAAAACAUCCUCUAGACAAGGACCCAGGGGCCACAGCCGGGGCAGGCUCAGCCCUCAGCCUCGCUUCUCAGCCAGGUACUGCUCCACCACUCUAGUGUCGUCCUCUGCAGAGGCUUUGGCAGUGCUUGGUGAUAGAAUGAAUGAGUGAGUGAAGACCUCUGGUGCUGCCAGGGGAAAGCAGACUCAAUGCUCUGUGCCAGUGUCCCACCUGGCACCACAGAGCUUCCUCUGAGCUGGCUGAGGCGCUGCGCCUUUGGGGCCAGGACCCUGGGUGUUUCUACCAUUGGCAUCAGAGUGCACCUUGAAGUGCUUUCUGUCAGCCCCAAAGCUAGCCCUCGGUGACUGCAGCCCUGACUGUAGACCAGCCCCCAGCCCGGGAGACGUUUGUGUGGUGAUGACCCAGAAGCCAAUGGCCUGGUCGAUUGGGCCUGGGUCCGCCUCCAGAGUGGCUGAACCCCCUGUGCCCAGGUGCCUCCCAGUAGGGAAACCUGCCUCCCACCCAGAGGGUUGGGCAUCAGAAGAAUGGGUGAGAUUGGGGACUUAAAGGGAGGCCCCUCAUGCAGGGAAAGAUGGGGUCUGGGGAGCUGCUCCAGGUCAUAUCCAAGGUUUCGAAUUGAAGGUAUUAGCUUGGAUUCCCGAGAAUUGGGAUCAAGGACACUGAACACAGCAGGGUCCCCGGGGCUGCAGCUCAGCUUGGACUUCAGAAGACCUCUCUAAGCUCCACCUGUCUUCCUCUGGAAAUUGAGAUGUAGGACACCCUCAAAGAUGGGUGGUGAGGCUUAAGCAAGGGGCUGGAAGACAAGCCCCUUUUUCAGGGUGUGUCUAGCCCACAGAGCACACUGUAACCAGUAGGCCUUAGAGAAGAGGGCAGGAGGCCCACGUCCUCAGCCUGGACAUGGAGCUGCAGACUGGGCCUUCAGGGGUGACAACCUGUGUGUCCUGGGUCUCCCACUGAUGGAUGGGGAGGAAUUUAUGUGACCCAGGGAUGACUUUCUAAGUUGGUGUUAUGCAAGGCUUAGAGUGACCCUGGAUCUUCUCUGCCUAUGUGAAUGAGGCCAGGCAUCACCUGGUGGUCUUGAUGAGGAUGUCAGGCAAGAAGCAGCAGCUCCUCAGAGAGGCAGGUGCAGGCUGGUAACCCCUCUGCUCAGUGGGCAAGCGGUGCCUGGACCCCAGGCCGGCAGGGGCUACGGCCUCCUGGGAGGCAGCUCCUCCAGGGUGGAGAAAGCUGCAGAUGUAGCACCUGCUGGUGGCAGAGCAGGUCUGUACUCAGUACUCGACUCUUCCAGCUUCCUCCCGUCCCCACCUCCAGCUCAAAGA